AUGCAAUUUGACCAAUAUUUUACGAACGAGAGAGAUAGAAAUUUAAACAUAUUCAAAGAUAUCUUCAUCGACACUUCAUUCACGGAUCCAGAAGGGAAAUGGAACGCAGUAAAGGAAGAAUUAAUCGCGGCGGCCGAAAGUGCAGGAGUUCAUCUCAUUCCUCGAGAAAGAGAUGACGAUGAGGUUAUUAAAAUGUACCGAGAGGUGAAAAAGAAACGAGAUAUUCUACAGAUGAGAGAGAGGCUAUCGGCAUUCUCGCAUACCACGCCGGUAAAGUCUCCUCUAUUUCUUACGGAUGAUUCGAGCUCGAGCGACGAUGGAGACGAGGUACCAGAUACACCAUGCAAAGUUCCUGCGAAGUAUAGCUCGGAGACAAAGAAACGCAAGUUUAUGGCAUUGCAUGACAAGAUAGAGGUUCCCGCUCGCAAAGAUGGCAGGAAACUCAAGCUGCCAACAGAUAUUUUAUUUCGCUACUCAGAUGGUGAAUCAUUUGGAUACAACUCAGAUACAAUCAUUAGGGCAGGGCUUUUCCGUGAUAUCUCCCAGCCAGUCCCAGAACCUCUCGAAAUGAACAGUCCAGAAUUUGACAAGCAUGCAGCAAAUCAUCUAAACCGUGAGAAGAUUCCAACCCCCAUGAUCUCCACAUCUAAUAGCCUGAUGUGGGUUCUCCGAAAAGCUGCUCUCAGCCGUCGUUGGACGAGUGCCACAAACCCUCGAAUUACCAUUGUCGACCCGAGAUAUUUGAAGAAGACAUACCGUGCAAGUGACUUCAUCGCAGGUCUUUGCAAGCGACAGCCAAUGAUUCCAGCGGCACAUCGAUAUGGUGGUCACUACGACAUUCUAGUCUGGGCUGAAAUCCCCAAGCAGGCUAUCGUGAAUGUAAUAGACUACUUUGAGCUUCUACAUGCCACAAGUGUUCCUCGACAUAUCCAUAUCCACUUUCGAAUGGAUAUUGUGAGCCGUGUGAAGAUCAACAGUGUGAUUUAUGGAAUGAAGUUCGCAGUUGCGUGUUCCGAAGAAAUAGAGAGGGCGGUGGAAGACUUCAGUGUCAUAAUGCUUGGGAAGGCUGUUGCUACGGAUCUCAGAGAUAAGUUUAUCACGAACGUAAGUAUUGAUUGGGGGCUUGGAGCACGACAAGAGAAUCAAGACGUUUCAAAAUACUUUUUACCACGUUGGGCGGCAACAGAUGCCCAGCAGCUACUUCGUCUUGAUGCAGAUAUGUUCAGGAAAGAGGACCAAGUAAACAGUGGGAUAAAUCGAGGGCAAGACUCUAGACUACUUGAAAAUUCUGACGGGCAGCUGGCUUAA